GCAUUCAAACCUUUUACCCUUUAUUCUUCAUUUAGUUCAUUCCCACUUCCAUCCAUAUAAUCUCUCUAUCUCUCUUUCUUACACAAACACACACCCAAAAACAUGAAGUCCCUAAUGCUAUUCUUUGUCCUGGUCAAUCUCAUGGCUUUGUUCAUUACUCUUUCCGCUACAACAUCUAACAAUGAACAAUUCCUUAACGAGGAUGAAGAAACUCAAGAAGCAAUUUCUCUCCGUGGGACUAGCCGGUUUCUAGCUCAGAAAAAUGCCCGAGUUGUCAUGACAUGUGACAAGUACCCUAGAGUUUGUCAUGCCAAAGGCAGCCCAGGGCGAGAUUGUUGUAAGAAGAAAUGUGUGAAUGUGUUAACAGACAGGCUCAAUUGUGGGAAGUGUGGGAAGAAAUGUAAGUACUCAGAGAUUUGUUGCAAAGGUGAGUGUGUAAACCCCAGGUCCAACAAAAAGCAUUGUGGAAGUUGUGGCAACAAGUGCAAGAAAGGGAAUGUAUGCGUAUAUGGGAUGUGCAGCUAUGCUUAAAGUUAAAGAUGAAAAACCAACUUCAAACCAAUCAGGAUCAACUAGUUGUGCAGCAAGCUAGCUAUACUAGAAUAUUAAUGUGUUUCAUUAUACUUAUAGCUAUAGAUGAAUUUGUUAACGUGUGUGACUAAUAAAGGCGAACCAUCACCAAUAUUUGAUGGCUAUUGCCGUUGGUAGUGAUUAUUUUCAUUAAUUUCUGUAAUGAGCUAUUUGUUCAUUCGAUAUUCUUGAUUUGGUGUAAGUUGUAAGGUUGUUUCUGAAUUAAUUCAUGUAAUUAUUUUUAGUUUUAUAAGAUAAUUCAUGUCAACCAUA